AUGUCGCAACCAACACCCCCGAUGAUCAUCAAUAUGCCCCAACCACCAUCAAAUCCGGAUACUCCCAACGAGAUGCCUGGCACGCCUACGAGUACGACCACCUCGCUUUCGGCGCUCUCCACCAUAGCCAUCAAAGACGGGCACCGAGGCCACGCGCAAGCUCCCACCUUCGGCGGACAACGGACCCACCAUCAUUCGUCAACCAACAGCCUGGAUGCCGAACGGGCAGACCGCAUCUCUCGACUCGCGGGUCUCGAGCGCGUGUCCACCGUUCGAGCCCCUGCUCCACAAGGGGGCAAUUCCUCCAACUCCCCCCAGACCACCCCCACCUCGACCGGCUUCCACCAGAUCCAUCAGCAGCAGAUUGCCAACCUACCUGUCGCGCCCGCAUAUUUCGACUCGAACGGUCAACCUGUGGCAGCAGCCACCAAAAUGAGCACAGUGGGCACCGCGUCUGCGACGGGUAGUGUCGGCGCGCGCACUACCACUGACGCAGACGACAAUACCGAAGUCGACGAGGAUGUCAUAAGCAUGGACACAAAUUACCGAACCAUGGAUGUCGACUCGACCUCGGGCGCAGACGUCCUGGACGAGGAUUUGACAAGCCGCUCCGUGGGUGGCUUCGAGGAUCGUAUGAGUGACGAUGGGACUGCCAGUCUUGUUGGCUUCGGUGAGGGCGCGAACAGCACUGUCAGCGGUCCCAUAUACCACCGCCGACCGCUGCCGGGAACAGCAGGCGUGGCAGGUGUCUUCAACCUUGAGAGAAGCAGCUCGGGGCUAAGCGAACAGGCAGUGCUGAGAUCACAACAGCUGCGAGAGGGCAGCGACACCCCGAUUAGCGCGUCUGCCCUGGCCGAGAGACGUGAUGCGAGAAUGGUGGACGGCGUCUCUGUCGAUGGAGCGGGUCAUGUAGGAACUGCUGACGAAGAGACAUUUGUUGACACCACCAACCGAGGACCUAUUCCAAUGCUGUCCGGUCGGACGCACCGAGGUUCAACGUCACGCGACGCCGCCGAACAACUCAUCAAAGAGAGAUUGGACGGCGGGGAGGGUCGAGUGAGCAGUGCGGGUCCGGCACUGAGCAGUCCGAAGGGCGGUGAACCGCUGGGGAAAUUCUACUUUGAGGAGAAGAAGUAA